GCAAACUCCUUAUCUCUGAAGAAUUAGUUCUUCUCUAUGGGGAAUCCAAGUCCACUUAUUUAAUCCAAAUUUUAUCUUCUUAGGGCCACUUCCUACUUGUUCAGGCUCCAGGCUUUCUGGAGCUGUGGCUUUCAUUAUUCCUCCUUCUACAGACCCUCCAAGUAUGCCCCCCGGAAAGAAAGGUGAACACGGUCCCUGCGUGCCUCUGUGCGCUGGCCUCCCAGGGGCCCAGGGAAGCAGGAGCUGUUGUCUGCAUUUGAUACAGGAGGCGAUCAAACCCGAGAAGCCAGGUCUCCAGCAACUCACCCAUCUGCUGGUGAGGUGGUGCUGGCUGGCUCUCCCAGCCCCUCUGCUCUGCGCCUAGGCUCCCCGCCGUCCCCUCUUCCCUGCAGAUGCCCCAGCUUGUUUUCUUUAGCUCCCUCUUUAAUGAGUUCCACAGGACAAUGCUAAGUCUAGUUAUGCAGCCUUAAUUGGUUUAGUUACAACAAGAUAAUUCCUUUUUUCUUCUCUCAGAGGCCUUUCUGUUUAAAGACAUUUUAGCUGGAAGAUGCUAAUUAUCGAUGAGGGGAAAGUGACACCUGAAGAGUUCAUUUUCCAUGUUGGUCUCUGGGUUUCCUUUGAACUCCCUCCACCCAGCCCUCUUCCCCACUCGCUCACCAUCAUAAAAGAGAGAGUGCUUCCCUGUCCCUCUGGUGCUGGGCUGGCGGCACAGCUCUCUCUCCCACUUGCUGGGAGUCAUUCCCUCCGCAGCUGCCCUGCGGCAUGGAGAACCUACAGGAGCCCUUCCUGGGCCUCUCGGAUGGCCUGGACGCCUCUGAAAGCCCUGGCCUGCUGUCUUCCUGGGACUGGAAAAACAGGGCCAGACCCUUCACAAUCAGCCAGGCCUCUCCAACUCAGAGCCUUUCUCCGGCCCCAUCCCUGGAGUCCUAUUCUCCAUCCCCUUGCCCUGCUGGGGCCGGGGUGUCCUAUGGGCAUGGCGGGACCAGCAGCGGGGUCAGUGCUGGCUGCAGCAGCCGGAACACGGGCGGCCUGGUGGAGAUGGAUUACAGUACGUUAGCUUUCCAACCUGCCUUCCUCCCAGGUGCCAGCGGCCCCAAAACCCAGAAGGGCGCCAAAGUCAAGAUGUCUCUCCAGAGGAGACGCAAGGCGAGCGAGAGGGAGAAGCUCAGAAUGAGGACCCUGGCCGAAGCCCUGCACACCCUGAGGAAUUACCUGCCGCCUAUCUACAGCCAGAGAGGCCAGCCGCUCACCAAGAUCCAGACACUCAAGUACACCAUCAAGUACAUCGGGGAGCUCACCGACCUCCUCAACAGCAGCAGGGAGCCCAGGCCCCAGAGCUUGUGAGCUGUGCCCCUUGGGAUCUGACUGGCCCCAGUCCUCUGGGUGGAACAGAGGCAUGUUAAAGACCCAGAGCUGUGAUGGGAGACAGUGUGGAGCUGUGUGCGCACAGUGGGAGGGGCACCCUGCGAUCUGAUUUUCUCCUGAACCCCUGAACCCCAGGCCAGUAGAAACCCUUGCUUCUGGUUUUCCUUGCCAUCCCUCCACAGACUCAUCCUUUGUAAAAAGACAUUAUUUUGCCCCUCUGUGUCUGCUCAAGGUAUUUGAAAGGGUGACUGUAUUUUAAAUGCAUUGUCAACAACAUAAAGUAGUUGCAAUUAA